AUGCCUCCACAAAUACCGCCCCGUGAAUCAAACGACACCGUGAACUUUUUUAAGGACAUUUAUGAGAACUGGAGCCUGCCAAAUACAGUGGCCAAGCUUGUAGUGCCCAGAGCGACCGUACUGCUUAAACAAAAAGUCGAUGAAGGCGAAUUUGGUGAAGUUUGGCAGGCAGAGGCGCACGAGCUGUAUCGGCGUUCAACGCCGUGUUUUGUCGCUGUAAAGUGUGUUAAAAAUCCCUUGGACGUUCACCACCAUAAACUUCUGAUGGACGAAGUUACCAUUCACAGUCAAGCUGGACGGCAUUUGAAUAUCGUGAAUCUUCUCGGUAUAACGCUAUCAGCACGGAACGUUCUCCUAUUUGAGAAUAAGAUUGUGAAAAUCUGCGACUUUGGACUGGCCAAACAACGAUCCGAAUACCGCAUGGCCAAUCAGAACGCCAGGGUGCCAGUAAGAUGGAUGGCACCGGAGAGUCUGGAGCAAGGGCUGUUUUCGGAAAAGUCGGAUGUAUGGUCCUUCGGUGUGGUCAUCUGGGAAAUAUUUACCUUUGGUGCCGUGCCAUACAAGGAAGCGAUCACGGAAAUUGGCAGCCAGUCAGUCAAGACCGCUUUGCAGAACGGACUGCGUCUGGCCAUACCAGCGGACUGCCCAAAAGAAACGUUAGUGUUAAGAUCAAAAAGUUUCUUGUACAUCAAUAUUGGGAUUAACUACUGA